GAAGUAGGUGGGACAUGUUAAAAGUCAUCCAAUGAGAAGUCGGGGUUAGGCGGAUUAACCAAUGAGAAUAACGGAAUUGAUGGGUGGAGCUCAAAUGAAAAUAAAGUCCAAAGUCUCCCGGAAGAAGUAAAGAGCAUCAUCCCGAGCGGAGAACCGGGCAGGAAAAUAUCUAGCUCCCGGAUCAAAGAAAAACAUGUGGAACCCAAAUGCUCCAGGUCAACCGGGCUACCCUCCAAACCCAGGGUACCCACCUUCCACUAAUCCAGGUUACCCUCCAGGGACAGUACCUGGCGGCCAGUACCCUCACCCAGGACAGCCUGCGUAUCCUCCAGGACAGCCUGCGUAUCCUCCAGGACAGCCUGGAUAUCCUCCGGGGCAUACAGUCUACCCUCCUGGACAACCUGGCUACCCUGGGCCUCAUCCUUCAUAUCCUCCUGGCCAGCAGGGCUAUCCAAUGCACCCUGGUCACUAUCCACCAGGCAUGCCAGGGCAUGCAGUCAACCCUAUGAUGCCAGGAGUGCCACUCUUACCUGGUCAGGUUAUGGAUAAGAAGAUGAGGAAGAAGAUGAAGAAGGCGCAUAAAGCUAAUAAACACAACAAGCACAUGCAUGGAAGGAGAUCAUCAUCGUCCUCGUCUUCCAGCAGUGACUGAAUGAAUGAAGUCGUUUUAAGGAAAUGCUCUUUGUAAGGCCCCUGCACAGAGCUGUAGCACGCACCCUCAGUCACUCAUUUUAAUCGAUUGCUGCAGGUUCCUGUGUUGUGUCCCUCUGAGAGAUGGCGGUGAUGAGUCCGUCAGAGGAUUGCCAUCAUAUCCUGCACAGACAAAGCUAAAUAACGAUGCUAUUACGAUAUGUCAUUUAAUGUAAAAAAGAGAACAAUACUGUUUAAUUUCUUACCCUGCUUGUGAAAAUAAAACUUCUAAUUUGCUAUUUUGGCUCUUCCUCUAACAAUAUAUUACGAUGGAAACUCUUGAGACGUAGAAGACAAGACGACAGGCUGGUUAGAGACACUGUUAUAUUUAUACAGUGAGGUGGUUCCUGGAAUUGUUUUGGUGAUAGUAACACACUUUGCACAUAUUUACUGCAGAAAUAGCAUACUCUGUCAUUAAAAAAUAAAUAAAA